AUGGCAAACUUCCUGUCCAACGCGCUGGGGAGCGACGGCAUCGCCAAGAUGGCCGGAGAGAAAGUCGGUUCUGAUGAGUGGAGGAUUGUUCUGGUUGGGAAGACGGGAGUGGGGAAGAGUUCAACAGGAAACACCAUCUUAGGUGAUGAAGUGUUUGAAUCCGAACUAGAUGCAGACUCUGUCACAUCAGAGUGCAAGAAAGAAAGAAGAGAGAUUGAAGGGCGAAAGGUUUCAGUCAUCGAUACUCCAGGACUGUUUGACACAACUUUAACCAAUGAAGAUGCCUGGAAGAUGAUCAGGGAGUGCAUGGCUUUGUCUUCUCCUGGUCCACAUGCCUUCCUGGUGGUUCUCCAGCUGGGCAGAUUCACAGAGGAGGAGAGACAAACAGUGAGACUGAUUCAACAAACGUUUGGUGAAGAUGCACCUAAAUACACAAUGAUACUGUUCACUCAUGGAGACAGACUGAAGAAACAAACCAUUGAAGAGUUUCUCUCAAAGAGCGAGGACUUGAGCGACAUCAUCAAGAAGUGUGACGGCCGUUAUCACGUCUUCAACAACGAUGCUGACGACCGGUCACAAGUCAGUCAGCUUCUGGAUAAAGUAGAGAAGAUGAUUCAGGACAAUGGAGGGUCACACUACACCACAGAAAUGUUCGAGAAAGCUGAAGAAGCCAUCGAGAAGUGGAGGAUUGUUCUGGCUGGGAAGACAGGAGUGGGGAAGAGUUCAGCAGGAAACACCAUCUUAGGUAAAGAAGUGUUUGAGUCUGAACUAGCUGCAGAGUCUGUCACAGCUAAUUGCAAGAAAGAAAGUGGAGAGGUUGGAGGGCGAAAGGUUGCCAUCAUUGACACUCCAGGACUGUUUGACACAAAGCUAACCAAUGAACAAGUGAUUAGGAGGAUCAAAAUGUGCAUCGGUUUGUCUGCUCCUGGUCCACAUGCCUUCCUGGUGGUUCUCCAGCUGGGCAGAUUCACAGAGGAGGAGAGACAAACAGUGAGACUGAUUCAAGAAACAUUUGGUGAAGAUGCGUCUAAAUACACGAUGAUACUGUUCACUCAUGGAGACAGACUGAAGAAAAAAACCAUUGGAGAGUAUCUGUCAAAGACCAAAGACCUGAGUGACAUCAUCCAGAAGUGUUACGGCCGUUAUCACGUCUUCAACAACAACAACAGCGACCCGUCACAAGUUAAUCAGCUUCUGGAUAAAAUACAGAAGAUGAUUCAGGAGAAUGGAGGAACACACUACACCACAGCAAUGUUCGAGAAAGGAGAACGAAUCAAACGUGAUGAGUGGAGGAUUGUUCUGGUUGGGAAGACGGGAGUGGGGAAGAGUGCAACAGGAAACACCAUCUUAGGUGAUGAAGUGUUUGAGUCUGAAGUGUCUGCAGAGUCUGUCACAUCUGAGUGCAAGAAAGAAACAGGAGAGAUUGAAGGGCGAAAGGUUUCAGUCAUCGACACUCCAUCACUGUUUGACACAGCUUUAACCAAUGAAGAUGCCUGGAAGAUGAUCAGGGAGUGCAUGGCUUUGUCUUCUCCUGGUCCACAUGCCUUCCUGGUGGUUCUCCAGCUGGGCAGAUUCACAGAGGAGGAGAAAGAAACAGUGAGACUGAUUCAACAAACGUUUGGUGAAGAUGCACCUAAAUACGUGAUGGUGUUGUUAACUCAUGGAGACAGACUGAAGAAACAAACCAUUGAAGAGUUUCUCUCAAAGAGCGAGGACUUGAGCGACAUCAUCCAGAAGUGUUACGGCCGUUAUCACGUCUUCAACAACGAUGCUGACGACCGGUCACAAGUCAGUCAGCUUCUGGAUAAAGUAGAGAAGAUGAUUCAGGACAAUGGAGGGUCACACUACACCACAGAAAUGUUCGAGAAAGCUGAAGAAGCCUUUGAGAGAGAGAGACAACGAAUCCUGAAAGAGCGUGAGGCCGAGGGGAACAAAGAGCUGGAAGAACUGAAGACCAAACAUAACAGGGACAAGUUAGCGAUAGAGCAAGACAUGAUGAAGGAAAGACGUGAGAUGGAAGCAAGGAUUCAGGCUGAAAGAGAGGCACAGAAGCCUGCAGUCCACGCUCCUCCUCCUCGUCGUCGUGGUUGUGUAAUCCUUUAA